UAUUUAUAGAAAAGUGUGCAUUUCAUUAGUACUUCUCGUGUUUUAUUGUCAUUUUUAUUUCAAACUACAGAUGGGUUAAAAAUUACUAAAAAAAAAAAAAAACAGAAAUUUUAUAAAAUAACUAAACUGAAUGAUCUAUAGAUUUUAACUGAUAAAUACUAAUAUAAUAUGAAAUUCCUCCUAAUAUUUUGUAUUUUAAGUAUUGUUUUAAUCAACGUUAAAUGUCAGUAUGAAGUUAAACAAUUAAAUGUGUUAUUUCGACAUGGAGAACGAACACCGGAUUUUUUCUAUCCCGCAUUACCAUAUACCAUAAAAGAUUUUUAUCCAUAUGGCAUAGGAGGAUUAACGAAUAAAGGUAAAUCCAGAGCAUUUGAGUUUGGCCAAUUUCUUCGUGAAAAAUAUAAUUCAUUUUUGGAUACAACCUACAUUCCAGAGGAAGUUGAAAGUAUUAGUUCAAAUUUUGGACGUACCAAAAUGACAUUACAACUUGUUUUAGCUGGUUUAUAUCCCCCAAAUGUAAAUCAAACGUGGAAUAAAAAUUUAAAUUGGCAACCAAUUCCAACAAAUUAUAAUGAUAGAACUAAGGACAAUAUUUUUCAACGAAGACAUAUUUGUUCAAAAUAUCUUCAGGAGAGGGAAAAUGUAAUAAAAUCCCCAGAAUUGGCUCCAAAAAUUGCAUCAUUCAAAAAUUUAAUGAAUAAUAUGACAAUUUUAACGGGAAUAAAUAUAACUGAUUUGGAACAUUUAUAUUCUUUAUAUGCUAAUUUUGUAGCCUUACAACGAAUGAAUUUUGUUUUACCAAAUUGGACACACAAUAUUUUUCCCGAAGGACAAUUAUAUGAUGCAAUGAUUAUGAAUUUAAAAGUACAAAAUUAUAAUGAUUUGAUCAAAAAAAUACACGGAGGUGGUAUUGUUCGUACAAUGUUAGAAAAUAUGCAGAAAUCUGUAACACUUGAAGAUAAUGAAAUUAAAUCUAAAAUAAAUUUAUACAGUGGUCAUGAUGUGAAUAUUUUGGCUUUACUGUCUUCACUGAAUUUGGUAGAAGCACAUUUACCUGAAUUUACAAGCGCUGUAAUUAUUGAACUAUUGUCUUUAGAAGAAAAGUACUACGUUAAGAUUUGGUAUUAUACUGGUAUUCAAUCUAAUUUGACAGAAUUAACAAUACCAAAUUGUUCAUCUCCAUGUUCAUUCAAAACCUUUAUUCAAGCGACAAAAAAUAUUAUCCCUUCGGAUGAGGAAUUUAAAUGUAUUUAAAAAAGUUCCUAAAUAUUAUUAAUUUUCCAUAAAUUAGGAAAAUAGGAAAUAUGUUAUUGUUUCAUUCAAUGACAUUUUUUUUUAUAUGAAAUUAUUUAAUUUUAAAUAAUUUACUAAUAUAAAAAAAGCAAAUUUAUAUGUAACCUGUUUUUUACUGCGACUAAAAUAGAACAUUGUACAAAUGUAUGUAGAGAAAAAAAUAUAUAUAUCAAUAGUUAUAAAUGCUA